GAUGAAACUCCAAAGCGCAACAGAUGGCAUUAUAACACCACAAUAACAAGCACAGGGACCAGCGAAGCCUGUCACAGUAGCACUGAAUCUACCUACUGGGACUAGCAGGAAUGUGACGUGGAGAGGGGCCGUUCCCAGUCAUGUAACAUGCACCAGUUCAGCGUGGUCAGCAGAACGUGCAUGGGCACGGAUGAAGUUACCUGUGUCAAUGUGUUCCUAUGACAGGAGGCUAGCUGGUGUGAGUGUUUUUGUGCCUCACUAAGUGAAGAUGAUGGACACAUGCACUGUGCUUAGAAAUGAUAUAUGAUUGUAAUUUCAAUCAUUUUAGAAACAGUUUGUGUUAAAUGGAGAUUUUUAACAACGGCUCUGGUUUACCUGGUGAAGGCUUGUGAGACGACAUGACGAUGGUUACAAACAGGACCUCAAAGAAGGUUGGGGAAGAGGGUCAUGAUGAAGAUGGAGAUGUAACUUCAAGCAGUAAAAUAACACCAGGAGAUGGCACAACGGACGAAGGAACAAAUCCAGGUGACAGUUCCAGAGGUGACAAUAAAAUGACAGAAGGACAGAAAGAUGUAGAUGAAGUGAUUGAGGAGGGGGAGUCUGGACGAGGUUCUACCUGCUGUCCAUUGCGGUACUCCAUCAUAGCCCUAAUGUGUAUAGGGAUGGUGAUAAUUAACUCCAUGAGGACAAACGUGGGUUUUACCGUGAUGACCAUACUGGACGAAACAGCCCACGAUAAGGUCGGGACGCUGCAGGCUCUCAUCAAUCUCCCGAACGUCAAAUGGGACACAAGGAUGAUCGGCUUCCUCCAUAGUGUGUUCUACAUGGGGUACCUCAUCACGCAUCUACCCGCAGGGUACCUAGCAACCAGAAUUCCGUGUCACAGGUUAUAUGGGGGCAGCAUCCUGUUGUCUUCAGCUCUAAAUCUCCUCCUCCCUGUUUCUAUCGAUGAGAUCAGUUUUGUGUUUACCUGUAUAAUCCGGUUCCUGCAAGGACUCAGCGAGGGCUUGCUGUACCCCUCCUGCUACGGGAUAUUACGUCACUGGUCCACCCCGCAGGAGAGGGGGAGACUGGGCUCCGCUGUUCUCACAGGAGCCUAUGCAGGAGCUGUGAUCGGCUUCCCCCUGGCCGGCUUCAUCACACACUACAUCGGCUGGCAGUACAUCUACUACGUCAACGGUGGCGCUGGUGUGUUGUGGAUGUUGGUGUGGGUGCUGAUGUCGAGUGAAAAGCCGUCGCACCACAGACGCAUCAGCGACUCGGAGCUGCUUUACUUACAGAAAUCCCAAGGCAGCCAGGUCGUCGACUUUCAGGAAUCAUGGUUACCCUGGAAACGCAUAAUUAUUUCACCUGCUGUGAUAGCCCUCUGCUUCUGCCAUUUUGCCAGGAACUGGGUGUUUAUUUUAAUGUUAACGAACGAACCUUUCUACCUGAGCUUAUUUGGAUUUAACAUAGCUGAGAACGGCGUGUACUCCUCGCUGCCCCACAUAUUGAAGGUGCUGCUGGCGUUCGCAAGCGGCUACAUCGCAGACUGUCUGCUGCUGAGGAGCAAGCUGAGAACAGUCACGGUUAGGAAGCUUCUAACAGGAAUAGCGUUCGGGGUUCAGACUCUGUCGUUCUUCAUCCUCACCUUUAUACGGAACAAGGUAUCUGUGAUCGUCUUUCUCACUUUCGGAGUGGGCUUUGGCGGCCUAGCGGUGUCAGGUUGGCAGAUUAAUCACUACGAUCUCUCCACACGACACGCCUCGUUCCUGGUGGGUGUGACGUCAACGAUUGGCGUCUUGGGGGCUAUUGCUGCGCCCCUGGUGGCGGGGGAGCUAACUGUUAAUGAGGACUUAGAAGGCUGGAGGCACGUGUUCUACAUCACCGUCGGCGUAGUCGCAGUAGCUGCCAUACUGUUUAUGAUAUUAGGUUCAGGUGAAGAGCAGCCCUGGGCUACGCCACCUGAGCAUAUCCGCCUCGUACAGAAAACUGACCCGCUGGCCAAACGUCCCUAUAAAACAUUUACAGUGCAAGGCUCUAAACGACCAGUGGAGGUGACAACACCAUAUAAUAUCGCAACAGAGAAAGACUCUGCCAACGACAAUGUUGCCCCGGUAAAAGAUGACAGCCACGAAGACGUCGCCGUUUCAGAUGAGCAGAAAUCUACAUCAUGAGGAUUUGUGUACAAGUAGAAAUAUUGAAACAUUAUUUAACGUGUAUAUAAAUGUACAGAGUACCUACCAAAAAGGACAGUGAAUAAGUACCAAAACAGCUUUACCAUAUGACAGCUGCGAUAUACCAAUUGUGAUAUGUAAAUAGACGUGUAGGAAGGGGUGGUUAGCCAAACUGUAGUCUAUAACCCUGUAUCUAAACAGAAUUAAGUUUAUGAUUGUAGUCAUACAACAUGCUUCUCUUGGGGCUUCAAGACAUACUAUAUACCUCUGUCAGUGCUUCAAGACAUACUAUAUACUUCUGUCACUGCUCCAAGACAUACUAUAAUCUUCUGUUACUGUUUCAAGACGUACUAUAUACUUGUGUCAGUG